CCAUGUUCAUGGCAGCGCCAAAAAGGAAGGUGAACGAGUGUGCUUCGUCUUCUUUAUUCCUAUACUGCAGGAAUAACGCCACUGUAAACACUGGAGAUUUUAUUAAAAACGCUGGGUUCCCAAUGUUAUUUCUUUUAAAUUCUAUAUCUUAUUGGAUGGUAGCCGCUGUGUCUAGUAUGGUGAGGUGUAUGCUAAGGCUUUUACGUUGCUGAUAGUCACUUCUUCUAUAUAAUAUAUCAAACAUCCGGCGGGAUUUACGAAUUUUACGUCCACUUCCGACAAGAUUGAUACUCUGUCCAAUACGGACAAGACAUUCCUUCGGCUUACCCUGGAGGCUACAAUGAAGAGAAUCAACAACUUUGGUUAUUUUUCUCUGGGGCCUGACUGGAUAGUCUCGGGCGGAAAAUGACCACUUGGCUGACAAAGAGGUAACCCAAGAGGCCACGGGAAUUAUAAAGGAGAGGAAACGUGUGUGGCUCUUCAGCUGCUCUUUAACAGUCCAAAAUAUAAACUUAGAUGCUAAUUCAGUACGGGGCAGUCGUCAUGGAUACUUAAAGCUGUACGGGGUAGCUGAUCUGUUAUGCUUUGUACCACCCCGACAAGUAACCGCCGUAACUCGCUUCCAGUAAUCAAGAGGACGAAUAAUUUCCUAAUUCUUUUUGCAAUAAUUUAAAACGAGCCUUACUCCUGCUCGAAUUUCAAAAUGGCCGAGUUGGGUGAUGGAAAUGUUGCCCAAGACAAUGCCGGAAGAAGUAUACCAAAACCCCCGCCACUGAUGAGGAGUAAUUCCACUCCUCAGCAUCUCCUGUCGCAAAGUAACGGAGCUCUCCCGUCACAGAGUUAUGGAGCUCUCCCGUCACAGAGUUAUGGAGCUAUCCCUAGCAGGAGAAGAAGUUUCGACGUCAGACCUAACCACAACCGUGCUGGAACUUCUAGAGGCACCAGGUUUGACGACGAUAGUUUGUCCGACACAGAAUUCUUUAAUCGCAGAUUCUACUCCUCCAUAUCGGACUCCUCUUUUUCUUUCCUGUCCGGGGAAUCUUUUGAGCUACCAAAGGACGACGGAAAGAACCAACAGACUGAAGAUAGGGCUGAACCCCUUUCCAGAGCCUUCGUGACCCGCGUGUGGAUAUCCUUGUUGGCAAUGCUGAUGUGUUACAUCACAGCGUUUAUUUCGCUUGUGCCUCUGGGUACUCAGUACUUCUCAGAGCGAGUGGGUUUGAAAGACUACAACGUCACGUAUGACGAAACGGUCGGGGCGAAAUGUUUGGGAAACUCAACAAACGUCCCAGAAGAAACGGCAGACGAAAUUGAAAAAGACGUCUCCUCUUUUAUGCUCAACCUCAGCAUCUCCUCAGGAAUCCCCUCAAUAUUUAUCUGCUUUUUCGUCGGCUCAUACGCUGAUUUCAUUGGUCGGAAGCCUUUGUUAAUAGUCUCUCUGUUUGGAGGGCUUGUACGCUUCGUUAUAUUCGCUGUGGUGAUCCAGCACGAUCUGGAUAUUAACAUCACUUUACUCGGGGCGUUGGUAGAUGGCCUGUGUGGAUCAAUGUUCACCAUAUCCUUGGCGUCGGUUGCUAUGAUAACAGACAUCACGCCGGACCCCAAGGAGCGGGCCAUCAGGUUCGCUGUCGUGGAGGGAGUUUUGUUGAUAGCCGGAGGGACUUCUCAGGUCAGACUAUAACGUCAGUAGCCGCUAUUCUCCUUCUGAGGCUACUGAAAGGAAAGGUCUCUCUGGAGUUCACAGGGGUCGUCUGUAUUGUCAGUAUGUGUGCAGAUUUUAUCCUGACCGGCUUUGCGGAGUCAGAUGAUGCCUUGUACCUAGGCGCCCUGUUCUCCGGUAUGUCGGUGGUCCAGUCUGUGUCGACCAUGGCGUCCGUAGCAACUUACAACUUGGUGUACAACGUCACGAUGAAUCACUUCCGGGGCUCAGUGUUCAUGCUCAUGGCGGGUGCUUGCAUUGUGACAGCGGCCAUACUUUUGGUGGAUGUAUGACGUAGUGAAGUGAUGAUGUGUGUGGAUGAUAGCGUAAAGUUAUGACGCUGUGGAUCGAUGAUUUUGUAAAGGGAUGAAGUCUUGGUGGGUGUAUGACGAAGUGAAGUGAUGAUGUGCCUGGGUGACGUCAUAAAAUUUUGACGCUGUGAAUGGAUGACGUUGUGAAGUGAUGAUGUGUAUGGAUAUAGCGUAAAGUGAUGACGCUAUGGAUGGAUGAUGUUGUAAAGAUAUGUCGGGGAGGGAUGUUGUUGUAAAAUCCUGUUAUCGUGAAUGGACGACGUAGUAAAGUUAAUAUAUCAUUAAUGUGGAUUUAUGACGUCCUUAAGUGAUGACGUCUUGGAUGGAUGACGUCAUAAAGUGAUGACGUCGUAGAUCGAUGACGUUAUAAACUGAUGAUAUCGUGGAGGGCUGAUGUCCAAAAGUGGCAAUGUUGGGAGUGGAUGAUGUAAUACAUUGUACUUACUUUACUACUUUACUUUUCCGAUCCAGCAGCCAUUUGGGUUCUAGCCCUUCGGUCUGUCGAUAUGGCAGAGUUAACAGGUUUUAAUCAGCUGUGCUUUGUCGCUGUAUAGGUAUGCAGGUCGCAAAGUGCAGGGCAGUUAAAGAGGUGGUGUGGUACUGUUUCAUCCUGGCAGUCGCACAAGGAGCAGUCGGAUGGGGUAUCCUUGCGGAUCCUAUUAAAGUAGGAAUUUAAUGAUGUAAUAAAGUAAUGAUGUUGAUGGCUAAUGGUGUUGAGUAGUGAGGAUGUCAUGGAUUGUUGAGUCCAGUUCACGUUAUGAGGUUGAAGAAUACAAAGAAAAAAGAACAAAGAGGUGAAGAACCUUAAAGA